UUUGACUUUAGAGGGUAGAAGAAUGCUAUUUUGUCUUCAAACGCGAAGAUCCACACAAUUGAUUUGUAGAAAAACUACGUUCUUGGUCUUGAAUUGCCCCCUUAUUCUAAGGAUAUGGCUCUGCACAUCAAUGGCCGUAGUGAUGGCACAGUUAAGAGGAUCACCACCCUGGCCAAAUGAAAACCCAUGCCACUUUCAUAAUUCUUGCAGUCAGCUGAGGGAGCUCUUCAAUGAAGGCUCUGGAAAGAGGAAUUCAUUACAUGGGUUCAAGCAUCAAAGACUUCAAGGUAUGCUUUCUCUGUUCUGCACUGUGAAUUGCAAUAAUACCACUCUUGUUAAAACAUGGAAAAAACCAAGACAUGACUACAAGGGAACACUAACACCCGAUAUCAAUAGCACUGCCAUAUACAAAACCUCGCGCAGAGAAUGUAAGGAAAACCCAUCGUUAGAAGCAGAAGGCAUUUCAGAGGUUGCAGAGCAUAGCAGCAUUGGGAUAGAUUCGUCUAGCUAUGUUUAUCUCUUGCAAGAGAUUACUAAGAAGAGGGCCCUUACAGAGGGAAAACAGGUCCAUGCACAUGUUCUCAAGAGUGGACAUACUUGUGAUGGCUGGGUAGGAAAUAAGCUUGUUGUUAUGUACAUUAAAUGUGGAAGUUUAGAAGAUGCACGGCGAGUGUUUGACAAAAUGUCUCAACGAAAUGCUUCCUUGUGGUCUAUUUUGAUUGGAGCAUAUGCUCGUUGUAGGCUCUGGGAGGAUGUCUUUAAGCUUUUGAAUUGGAUGCAAGGUUUAGGGCUGAGGGCGGAUAAUAUAAUUGUUCCCAGUGUUCUCAAGGCAUGUGCUGGUUUAACGGCUCUGGAGAAGGGCAAGGAGGUUCAUGGCUAUAUCAUUAGAAAUGAGUUUGAGUUGGACAUUGUUGUUGAGAAUGCUCUAGUAGACAUGUAUGCAAAAUGCGGAUUUGUGGAAUAUGCCCGCCAGGUCUUUGAUAAAAUGUCUCAGAAAGAUGUGGUUUCGUGGACUGCAAUUAUUGGGGGAUAUGCCCAGAUUGGGGUUAGUGAGGAGGCUUUGAGACUCCAUGGUGAAAUGGAAUUGUCAGGAGUGAAUUCGGAUGUAAUUACUUGGAAUGCAAUGAUGGCUGGAUUUGCUCAAAAUGGGAAGGGCGAUGAAGCCUUGAAACUUUUAAAUCGAAUGCAGUUAUCGGGUUUGAAACCGGACGUGAACUCAUGGAAUGCAAUCGUUACAGGCUGCACCCAAAAUGGGUAUGCUGAGGAAGCACUGGAAGCUUUUUAUCAAAUGCUGUUGGCAGGGGUGAAACCCAACUCGGUAACCAUUUCGGGUGUUGUCUCUGCAUGUGCCGACUUAGGAACUCCGUGGCAGGGUAUUCAAAUUCAUGGGUAUGUGAUUAAAAGUGGAUUUCAGUCCAAUGUUUUUGCUGGAAGUGCUUUAAUUGAUAUGUAUUCGAAAUGCUUGAAUAUAGAUUAUGCACGCAAAGUAUUUGAUCAAGUACCUGAAAAAAAUGCUGUACUGUGGAAUACCAUGAUUUCAGGAUAUGCAUAUAAUGGACAUACUGAUCAAGCAUUGGAACUCUUCCAUGAAAUGAAUUUGACUGGCAUGACGCCUGAUGCGAUCACAUGGAAUGCCAUCAUUACAAGCCAUGCAAAAAAGGGGCAAGGUUAUAAGGCUUUGGAACUCCUUUUUGAAAUGCAUCUAGCAGAUUUAAAGCCAAAUGCCAUUUCAUGGAAUUCUCUGAUUGCAGGUUCUGUGCAAUCUGGGAAUGAUGAGGAGGCGCUGAAACUUUUCCAUCAAAUGCAAUUGGGAAGCGUAACACUUGACUUGGGCUCAUGGAAUGGAGUGAUAACAAGGUGUUCCCAAGAUGGCCACAAUGAAGAGACUGUGAAACAGUUUCGUCAAAUGAAAAUGGCACCCAUAAAACCCAAUCCGGUUACCAUUGCCAGUAUUCUCUCAGUCUGUGCCAGAUUAAUGGCUUUACAACACGGGAAGGAAGUUCAUUGUUAUAUUCUUCGGAAUGGAUUUGAGUCUAAUGUUUUUGUGGGCAGUUCAUUAGUUGAUAUGUAUGCAAAAUGCAAGAGUGUAGAAGCUGCAAGAAAGAUUUUUGACAUGCUGCCUCAGAGAAACGUGGUCUCCUGGAAUGUGAUGAUUGCAGCUUAUGCUCAGAGAAGGCACACUGAUGAUGCCUUAAAACUAUUUCAUCAAAUGGAAGACGCGAGCUUGAAACCUGACUUGGCCACCAUUACCCCUGUUUUACCAGUAUUUAGCAACCUUAUGCUUCUGCAAGAGGGUAAGCAGGUUCAUAGUUACCUUAUCAGGCAUGCAAUGGAUUCUGAUGUAUUUGUAAGGAGUGCCCUGAUAGACAUGUAUGCCAAAUGUGGAAGAAUAGAAGAUUCACGUCGUGUGUUUGACCAAACAUAUGAGAGGGAUGUGGCUGUCUGGAAUGCAAUGAUUGCAGGGUAUGCUACACAUGGGCUUAGUGAGGAUGGCCUCACAAUCUUCCACCAAAUGCAAUGGUCAGGGGUAAAGCCAGAUCAUAUAACCUUUACUACGGUUCUUUCUGCAUGUAGCCGUUCAGGCAUGGUAAGUGAGGGUUGCCAGUAUUUCAAUUCCAUGCCCAAAGAUUAUGGAAUUAAACCAAGUAUAGAGCAUUACACAUGCAUUGCUAAUCUUCUUGGCUUUGCUGGUAAUCUUGAUGAUGCACACAAGUUAAUUAGCAACAUGCCUUUUGAACCUGAUGCUUGUAUAUGGGGAGUUUUGCUUCACGCCUGCAGACUGCAUAGCAAUGUAGAGUUAGGGGAAUAUGCAGCGAAACAACUUUUUGAGUUGGAACCUGAAAAUGUUGGAAAUUAUGUACUAUUAUCAAACAUUUAUGCUGCAGUUGGCAGGUGGGGUGAUGUAGGAAAGAUCAGGGAUAUGAUUAAGGAUAGGGCAGUGAAGAUAAGGUCAGAAUGCAGCUGGAUUAAAGUUAAUAAAAGCGUACAUGCAUUUCUUGUAGGAGACAAUUCUCACCCAGAAUUAGAGAAAAUUUCUGCCAAAUUCGAUGACUUGGCCAUGCAGAUGGAAGAGGAAGGGUUUGUGCCUGAAAUUCACUUGAAGUUUAGCCAGAAUAAUUUUGAUGGAGAGGAUUACAUUUUCUGUGGGCACACAGAGAAACUAGCCGUUGUCUUUGGACUUCUCAACACACCGUCUCAAACACCUAUCCGAGUGAUAAAGAAUCUUCGCAUGUGUGUUGACUGUCAUACAACGGCCAAGAUCAUCUCGAGGAUUACAGAGAAAGAAAUACAUGUAAGGGAUACUUGCCGUUUCCAUUAUUUCAAGGAUGGAGCCUGUUCAUGUAGAGAUUCCUGGUGACAAAAUUUCUAGAAGCUAGUAAGCGUUGGCUUUUGUUAUAACAAGGGUAUAUGCUAUUGCACUUGAGGUGGUAGUCAUGGAUUGGAUAAUGCUGCCCAAACAAGCUUACAUGGUGACUACCACACAAUCACCAGCUUUGUCUCCAGAAUUGAUGGGUGAAAUAUAUAACCAUUUGAAUCAUUCGUUUUAUGGAACGAAUGCUAUUGGCAACAACACUAAGGCAACAAAUAUAAUUCGUUUUAUGGAAUUAGUGGCACUAGGGCAACAAGCAUAAUAAUGUCAUCGAAGAAGCAUAUUAGCAUUAUUCACCCAUACUUUAUCAGACAAAGCCCAUAUAACGGCUCUAUGUUGCAUGCAAGUUACCAUGUUUUAAAACUCUAGCAUGAUUAUCGGAGAACGAGAAGACGACAUAUUGACAAAACAUCAGCCAAAUAUAAAGCUUCUUAUUCGAACACCCCAUUCUUGGUCUUGGUCUUCAUACAAUAUUUUGAAUAUUCCUUACACCUUAUUAUAUUGUCAUGAAUUGCCAUAUUUGACCACAAAACUUGGGGCACCUAGUUUUCUCCUCUUCCUCCAUUCAAAGGUGUUAUAUGACGUGUUAUAAGAAUGGCAGAAUGAUGAGUGUAACACCCCUCUAAUCACACUUUUAAAUGUCAUAA